AUGACCGUCUCAUCAAACCGCCAAAGCUCACCCACUUCUUCUCUCUACCUGCACAGUGCAGUGCACCCCCCUCCCCCCCCCUCCCUCCCCGACAGAUACGACAACGUCACCGACAGAAUCCAGCCCAGUCGUAUCAUGAUCGUGGAUGGUGAGACGUUUGCGUGUGGUGCCUGCGUGCGCGGCCACCGCACGGGCUCCUGCCAGCACUCGGAUCGCCCUCUGCAGCUGAUCAAGAAAAAGGGCAGACCCGUCUCUCAGUGCGACCACUGUCGGUCCAUGCGCCACUGUCGCUCCGCUCACGUCAAGUGCGUGUGUGCCAAGAGGGCGCGGGAGGGGGCCGACGACUCUGGAGGCAAGGAGCCGUGCCGAUGUUGGCAAGACGGACAUUGCAAGUGCGCCUUCAAGCGGGACGUUCCACGACCCGACUCGAGCAGGUCGACGAAGACGCCGACGCAUGCCAGCCCCCAUGCAGCCUCUGCCCUGGACCGCCCUUUGCCACUCUUCCCCGGCGCCCUCUCCCCGGCCAUACUCUCUCCCGGCGCCCUCUCCCCCGGCGCUCCGUCCCCCGGCACUCACUCUCCCGGCACUCUCUCUCGCGGUGCCCUCUCCCCCGGCGCUCUCUUGGAGCCGUCAGGCCAGCUGGAUGGAAACAUUUGGGCUCUCGUCGCCGACGUGCCCUUGCAGCCGUGGCCGCAGGAGCCAUUUCUGCUUCCCACCAGCGUACCGAGUCCACCGAUCGGCCUUGUCGCGCAGACCAUGAUGGACGGGGCCUGCCACGAUCAAGGCACCUUCAUCUCCGACGGAGUAGACGUGCCCUCGUCCUCGGUGUUUGACCUGUCCGCCCUUGCUUCUUCGCCGGAUCCGCAGCACGCCCCGUUUAUGUGGAUGCCGGACGUCGGGGACCAUGUCCUUGGUGCCGAGCAGAGCGCGCCUCAUGCGUACUGGGUCCAGGAUCCAGCACCAGACAUGUCCGAGGGCGGCUGGAUGGCCAGCCUGACGGAAUAUGACCAAGCAUCGGAAACAAAGGCAGAGGCCGCCGGCGCGCCCAACUGCUCGCCAUGGUAUCAUCAUGCCUUGAGGCUGCUGCCGAUGCAACGCCCCGGUCGUGAUGCCUAUGCGUGCGCGCGACUUGCCUGCACCACGGCGGCAAACGAGCGCCGCCGAGGUCCUCUGGCAGAAGGGCAACUGGCUGCGGCGAUGAUUGUGCGCAGUCAUUGCUCGUCCCGUCGUCCGGGCGGGCGCGACGAGCUGCACAAGCCGAGACUGGCUUUUAUUCACCGUCAAAUUGCCGGCCAAGACAAGCCCCUCCGUACCCCCAUGUUCUACCCCAAGCGUCAUUCACGGCCAAGGGGACACGAUGGCGAUGGAAGCGGCAUGCUCACGGCCGAUGAUUUGCCAUGCCACGCGCUACGAGACCUGGCCGUGGCGGCCAACGGACGAUGUCUCUUGGCAGAUUUCUCCGCUCCAUGA